CAACCACUGCGAGCUUAACAUAGAUGUUUUCUCUCUGUUUCUGUAACUACAAAAGCCGCUAGGCUGCAAAAUCAAAGGCAGUCACUCACAACCACAGCCAGUGAUUAAUACUUGGCCACGAAGGCAUUCGCUAUCACCAAUAGACUUUGACCUCAGCUAGCAACAACAAACAUUCCAGUGAAUACAACACAAACAAACGAACAGCUAUAUUUAACAAAAUGGAACAAAAUCAAAAUAUCGUUCAAAUGACCAACGAUCAACUGCAGUCACUAUUAGAGUCGGUACGUUUAGCCGCCAUGGCAGGCGCUCCAGCCAACAUCCAAGCCAAAGGCAGCUUUAGCAACUGUAGCAGCUGCUUUGGUGGUCAGCGCGACCAUGAGAUCGUCGAGGAGUUCAUCACCUCCAUUGUUACCUACAAAGAAAUCGAGUCGAUCAGCGAUGAAGACGCACUUAAGGGACUAUCUUUACUGUUCUAUGGUCUGGCGUCCACUUGGUGGCAAGGCGUGCGCAGAGAAGCGAAAACUUGGAAAGAAGCCAUUGCAUUGAUUCGCGACCACUUUUCGCCCACCAAACCCGCCUACCAGAUUUACAUGGAGAUCUUCGAAAAGAAACAGGACGACCGUACUGCUAUUGAUACGUUCAUCUGCCAUAAGCGCGCUUUACUUGCUCAACUGCCAGAGGGACGUCACGACGAGGAAACCGAAUUGGAUUUGGUCUAUGGUCUGCUGAACAUCAAGUAUCGUAAGAACAUUCUACGCCAAGACAUUAAGACGUUCCGCGAAUUACUUGAGAAGUGCCGUAUUAUCGAAAACAAUGACUUGGAAUCAGAGGAAGUUCCACCGGUUCCAGUGCGUGAUUUCAAACGUCCUAAACGCUGUACAUAUUGUAACUUCCGAGGUCACACAUUCGAAGAGUGUCGAAAGCGCAAAAUUGCGACUGAUCAAUAAAUACAACCAAACUUCGCACUGCAACAGCUUCCUAACCAGGUAUUCCUGGAACCACCUACGUACGAUAACUACCAUAUACACACACAACAACAAACAAUGGACAAUGACAUCAUCACUUAGUGACGUCUCAAUCUGAGCAGCUUACGCCGGUACCGUAUUACUGAAGCAAAACUUUCGCUCUCUCCAACGAAGCGGAGAAACAGCGCCCAACGGUGUUGAUUUGUUGAUGAAUAGCGGCAACAACAGCAACAAAACUAUUUAGACUUAGUAUUAGUAUAUAAAUUCACAUAUACAUUCAUAGAAAUAAUUAUUGUGAGUUUGAGUUGUUCUUUGCCCCUACAAAACUUUUGGAAAUUUUAUGUGGAAGGGGAAAGUUUUCUAUGCACUUUAGCGGUUCUUUGAUUGCUUUGUCUUAAAUGCGUUAUUAUUUCCAAUAGAGAUGUACGGAGUGAAGGCAUCUUGGAUUCACGAAUGUCUUUCAUCCAACCGCAAACGCGAGUUUACGCUGUGUCAAACACGGCUCCAGAUGGCUACGAACGCCAGCAAUGGAGUUCCUUCAUAGCCGAACAGUAUUUAUAUCUCGAGCCACAAUUCGAACCAGCCAUACUUCAACAAUAUUGGUGACAAUUUGCUUUAUCUCAGAUUUCGUACACUUGUGAGCAUAUCAUAGUAGCUAGCAUCUCUGCGGACAUUCCGGUGGCUCAAUAUGAACCUACAAGUCUCACCUUUGGGAUACAAUAGAAAGUGACGACUAACUUUCGGUCGAAGAAAAACGUUUGAUUUAUUGUGUGAGUUGUUGGGAUCCGAAGCAGAUUGCUCCCUUUAUGAAGAUGACUGAGGAGAUGAGUACUCGAAACAUCGCUGCAUUUGCCUGUUGGUGACAGUGGUUAAAUAGGCAUUCAGUGAGAGUUUGUGGUGUGACAAAACCGAAACUCACUUGCAAGUUUUUUUUAAACGUUUUAAUACUUUUAUAUUUACAUUUUUGUAAUGAUAUCGAAAAAUUGUACAACAAUGGGAUCGAGAUCGUCAUUCGCCAACUGAUUUGCACUCCUUCAUUUACUCAACUCUACGGCUUAGAUUCGCCGCUCAUUUCGCCUCCGGAAAUGUUCCGAUAGUCUUGGCUCUCUCAAAGAGACACAGAAAUUUUUCGUGUUGCAGUUUUCAGUUUAUUCAGAUUAUUCACUAGUGUGAUUUACCGAAAGCAUUAAAAUCUGGAGGAACUGAUCCGUAUUUCGGUUCAAAUGCGGUUGGUAGUGUCACCAGCUAAAGGUUUAGCGAGGGCACUACAGUCUGAGCAUAAACAUUCGAGGUCACAAGGGAACUAUGCAUUUAAGACUGCCUUAUUUAAAUAUUUGUAAUAUUACAUCACCCAAUUCUAAGUUUGGAAAAAGAAGAAGAAGCAAAAGAUUUAGUAGAUAGAAAAAUAAAAGAAGUCUGACUAAUUUAUAUAUUUAAA